AUUACGUUUCCGGGGAAUUAUUUUUGUGCGGCACAGUAACAGGUGGAGGCCUUUUUCAUUGACUAAAACCGAAUUUUAUACAAAGAUGAGCCUUUGCAAGAAUUCCUUGGGGAUAGCUUCUAUUUUUUAAGUUGCAUAAUGAGUGGCUCCAAGCCCGAUAUACUGUGGUCUCCGCAUCAUGUGGACCGCUUCGUCAUCUGCGACUCGGAGCUCAGCCUGUACCGGAUCGAGUCCGUGGGCAGCGCCGAGACCAAGGCCGGGGUGCUGCCGCUGUCCGAGGAGACGGCCGCCACGCUGCUGGCCAUCAACUCGGACACACCGUACAUGAAGUGCGUGGCCUGGUACCCCAAGCACGAGCCCGAGUGCCUGCUGGCGGUGGGCCAGGCCAACGGGCGCGUGGUCCUCACCAGCCUGGGCCAGAGCCACAACACCAAGUGCAAGGAGCUCAUGGGCAAGGAGUUUGUGCCCAAGCACGCUCGCCAGUGCAACACGCUCGCCUGGAACCCCAACGAGAGCAACUGGCUGGCGGCCGGCCUGGACAAGCACCGGGCCGACUUCUCCGUGCUCAUCUGGGACAUCAGCAGCAAGUUCGCGCCCGAGGCGUCCGUCGCCACGGAGAAGAUACGACUGUCGGCCGGCGACGCCGACUCGGGCCAGGUGGUGACCAAACCUCUGUACGAGCUGGGCCAGAACGACGCCUGCCUGUCCCUCUGCUGGCUCCCGCGCGACCAGAAGCUGCUGCUGGCCGGCAUGCACCGCAACCUGGCCAUCUUCGACCUGCGCAACACCAGCCAGAAGAUGUUCGUCAACACCAAGGCCAUCCAGGGCGUGACGGUGGACCCGCACUUCCACGAGCGGGUGGCCUCCUUCUUCGAGGGCCAGGUGGCCAUCUGGGACCUGCGCAAGUUCGAGAAGCCCGUGCUGACCCUGAGCGAGCAGCCCAAGCCGCUCACCAAGGUGGCGUGGUGCCCGACGCGGACGGGCCUGCUGGCCACGCUGACGCGCGACAGCAACAUCGUGCGCCUGUACGACAUGCAGCACGCGCCCACGCCCAUCGGCGACGAGACGGAGCCCACCAUCAUCGAGCGCAGCGUGCAGCCGUGCGAGGGCGUCAUCGCCGGCUUCGCCUGGCACCCGUCCUCCCAGAACCGCAUGGUGGCCGUGUCGCCCAACCGGGCCAUGACCGACUUCACCGUGUUCGAGCGCAUCUCGCUGGCCUGGAGCUCCACCACCUCGCUCAUGUGGGCGUGCGGGCGCCACCUGUACGAGUGCACUGAGGAGGGCGGGGCUGGGGCUGGGGCCGGGGGCGGGGUCGCGGACCAGGACAUCGCCACCAGGAUGAGGCAGCGCGCCCAGUCCAGGUACGGCCACGACACCGUCCAGGUGUGGAGGAACCACCUGCUGGCCGGAGGGGACGACCCACAGCUCAAGUCCCUGUGGUACACCCUCUAUUUUAUGAAACAGUACACUGAAGAUCUGGAGCAGAAGCAGCAGGGGAACAAGCAGCCUCUGGUGUAUUCUGGCAUCAAGAACAUCGUCAGGUCCUCCUCUGGCACGACGGAGAGCCGGCGCUGCUGGAGCGGCUCGGACAGGCAGACGGACGCGCCGCGCUUCCACAGCGAGGAGCGGAGUCUGGCGCUGCAGCUGUGCGGCUGGAUCCGGCGGGGCCCGGAGAUCGACGUGGAGCCCUUCCUCAAGUCCCUGGAGCAGGAGGGGGAGUGGGAGCGAGCCGCCGCCGUCGCCCUCUUCAACCUGGACAUCCGCCGCGCCAUCCAGAUCCUCAACAAGGGCGCCUCCUCUGAGAAAGGGGACCUGAACCUGAACGUGGUUGCCAUGGCGCUGUCGGGAUACACAGACGAGAAGAACUCCCUGUGGCGAGAGAUGUGCAGCUCCCUGAGACUGCAGCUUAACAACCCGUACCUGUGCGUGAUGUUUGCCUUCCUCACCAGCGAGCCGGGGGCCUACGACGCCGUGCUGUAUGAGAGCAGUGUGGCAGUCAGAGACCGGGUUGCCUUUGCCUGUAUGUUUCUCAGUGACUCGCAGUUGCCCCGCUACAUUGAGAAGCUGACCAAUGAGAUGAAGGAGGCGGGGAACCUGGAGGGCAUCCUGCUGACGGGGCUCACGAAGGACGGGGUGGACCUGAUGGAGAGCUACGUAGACAGAACCGGAGAUGUGCAGACCGCCAGCUUCUGCAUGCUCAAGGGCUCUCCCGGGGAGGUGGUGAAGGACCCGCGCGUUCAGUGCUGGAUUGAGAACUACCGCAACCUGCUGGACGCCUGGAGAUUCUGGCACAAAAGAGCCGAGUUUGACAUCCUCCGGAGCAAACUGGACCCCAGUUCCAAGCCCCUGGCACAGGUUUUCGUGAGCUGUAACUUCUGUGGGAAGUCCAUCUCCUACAGUUGCUCGGCGAUGCCGCACCAGGGGCGGGGCUUCAGCCAGUACGGGGUCAGCGGCUCACCCACCAAGUCGAAGGUGACCAGCUGCCCGGGGUGCCGCAAGCCCCUCCCCCGCUGCGCCCUGUGCCUGAUGAACAUGGGCACGCCCGUGUCCAGCUGCCCAGGUACAGGCAAGUCAGACGAAAAGGUGGACCUCAGUAAGGAUAAGAAGCUGGCCCAGUUCAACAACUGGUUCACCUGGUGCCACAACUGUCGCCAUGGCGGCCACGCGGGGCACAUGCUCAGUUGGUUUAGAGACCACACGGAGUGCCCCGUCUCGGCCUGCACCUGCAAGUGCAUGCAGCUGGACACCACCGGGAACCUCGUGCCUUCCGACAGCGCCUAGAGGGUCCGCCCGAGGAGGCCUCACCCUCCUCCCUCCCCCCUCCCCCCUCCCCCA